CUCGUUGAAACUGGUAGUUUUGUAGUAUCUUGUGAUGCGCAGACGCGUCUUAACGGUUUCCUAAUAUAUUUGAUCACAAAAAUGGAUCUGCGUACCUAACUUCAAGAUUCGACAGGUCCGGUUUUUACGCAAGCAACUGCUUGUCUGACCUUCCUACCCGAAGGGAAAACCAGCCCAAUACAGGUUAGGUCGCAUAUCUUCGAAACGCAUAGCCAUAUUUCUGUAAAUCAAGAGACACUUCCAAAAUGGAGGCACAGAAGCACCAUGACAUAGUGGAAGUACUGGACAAGUUUGGCAGGUAUCAGUGGGCGCAGUAUUUCUGGGCGUGUCUACCAUCGUUGGUGGUUACAAUGGUCAACAUCAACUUUGUGUUCGUCGCUGGUGACAUGGACUACAGAUGCAAGAUACCAGAAUGUGAAACAGUGGACUCGACAUCACAACAGCCAUCGUGGUGGCCUAGUGCGACCUUAGACCAAUGUUCAAAACCGCUACUGUCCGAUGACUUCUACCUGCAAAAAGGACCGUGUUCCAAAGCAAGUUUUACCAAAGAGACCGGCAGAUGUACUGAGUGGAUCUACGAGAGUAAUAAUACUAUAGUUUCGGAGUUAAACUUGGCGUGUCAACCAUGGAAGAUCAACCUGGUGGGUACGAUACACAACAUUGGGAUGCUUUUCUCCAUGCUCAUAUGUGGUUGGAUGUCAGACAGGUUUGGGCGUAAACCUACUAUGAUAUUCUGCGCGACAGCCUGUGUUAUCGGUCAUCUAAAGCAGUUCGCAACCUCAUAUUACAUGUACGUCACCGUCGAAUUCUUCGAAGCCAUGGUCUCUGGAGGGGUCUACUUGUCUACUUCUGUCAUGUUGAUAGAACUUGGAAGCAAACAGAACCGGGUCUUUGCUGGUGUAUUACUGGCCUGUGUCAUCUACUGCGGAGAGUCCCUCUUCGCUGGGAUAGCCAUGCUCGUCCCCUACUGGAAGAACUUGAUAAGAAUUAUCAACACACCAUCAGUAUUCUUCAUCACUUACCUAUUCUUCUUCAAAGAGAGUCCGCGGUGGCUCGUGGUAAACGGAAAAGCUGAAGAAGCGAAGAAGAUGAUAGAAAACAUAGCUGAUGUUAAUAAAAUUCCAAUCAACAAGCAGGAUUUGAAGGAAAUCGAUGAGGAAAAGCUAAAAUUAAUAUUUAAUAUAACUAAUUACGAAGUCAAAGAAGGUUACAAAGAUAUAUUUAGGUCCACAGAGAUUAUGAAGCGACUUGCGGUCUCCUGUUUCUGUAGAUUCACAUGUGGAUUUGUGUAUUACGGUCUGAUGUUUAAUUCCGUGUUGCUACCAGGGAAUAAACAUAUAAACUUUUUGCUAUCCACUGUGAUGUCGUUUCCAGGAGAGCUUAUGGCACUGUAUCUGAUGAACAAAGUUGGUAGAAAACUGCCGCUCAUCGUGGGGUACUUGCUCUGUGGCGCCAUGUGUGUCUCUUCUGCGUAUGUUACGGCGAUCUGGGGGAAGAUUGCGAUGUUUCUACUGGGCAAGAUGGUGAUAUCGGCGUGUUUCACUGGCAUCAUUACGUACACCAUGGAGCUGUUCCCCACCAGUACGCGGGCCAGCCUGCUGGGGUUCGGAUCCAUACUGUCAAGAACGGGGGCCAUGCUCGCGCCACUCACCCCAAUGCUGAUGCCAAUAGCGCAGGUGCUUCCGUCAGUGUUUUUCGGCGGUUCAGCGCUGAUCUCCGGGUUACUCCUAAUCCUAACUCCAGAAACCAAGGACUUACCACUUCUGGACACCAUAGAGCAAGUGGACACCCUCGCCAGACAGACCAGGGAAAUGAAAAAACAGUCCAACAAACAGAUAUAGGGGUCUACUUGAAGUCAAACGCCUUUUGUAAGUAGUGCGUAUUUUAAUACAACAACACCCAAUAUAGUACUAUAAGUAAUUAUAAUACUGUAAUUAAAAGCAUAAUCAUUAAGAAAAUA